GCGCCGCUCGAAAGCUGCGGAGCAACGACGCGUUUCUCCAGAAACUUCUUCCCUGAAAAACUCGGGGGUUUCUCCGCGUCUGUUCUUGACUUCGCACGCAGAAACUACCGCAGCUGGAUUAACGCUCUCGUUCGGAAUACCUGUGUUUUCCCUCAUGAUAGAGACAGAGUGUCAGACUACAGUUCACGUCCCCAUGCCCUGCCCUGCGAGUGCUGCUCGGCCUGCUGAGCCCAGAGGUGCGUCCGGUGUGUCUGUACUGGACUACAGCGACUGACCUGUUGAGGACGAGGAGGAGAAGGAGGAGGCGGGUCGUCCGAGGGCCCAGAGCCCCCGAAGCAGGCGGAGGGGCCUGUCCUGUCCCAGCCACUCGAAGAUGAACAGACUGAGCUUCCACAACAACAAAACCAUGCAGGACCGCCGCUGUGUCUGUGUCUUUCUGCCCAACGAUGACACGCUCAACGUCAUUGUCAAUGUGAAGACUUUGUGCCAGGAACUGUUGGUGCAGGUGUGCGACCUCCUGAGGCUGAAGGACUGUCAUCUAUUUGGUCUCAGCGUUAUUCAGAAUAAUGAACACAUCUACAUGGAGCUGGAUCAGAAACUGUCCAAAUACUGUCCCAAGGAAUGGAAGAGAGAAGCCAGCAAGGUGGGAAAAGAUGGUAUCGACCAGUUUGGUCCUCCGAUGAUCAUUCACUUCAGAGCUCAGUAUUACGUGGAGAAUGGGAGAUUGAUCAGUGACCGAGCAGCCAGGUACUACUACUACUGGCACCUGAGGAAACAGGUGCUGCCCUCUCAGUGUAUCCAAAGGGAGGAGGCCUACUUCCUGCUGGCGGCCUUCGCCCUGCAGGCCGACCUCGGCAACUUCAAACGCAACAAGCACUUUGGGAAAUACUUUGAACCCGAAGCCUACUUCCCCCCGUGGGUGAUAGCCAAGCGCGGUCGUGAGUACAUCCUGAGACACAUCCCCAACAUGCACAAAGACCAGUUUGCCCUCACAGCUUCAGAGGCGCACCUCAAAUACAUCAAGGAGUGUGCUCAGCUCGAUGACGUCACUGUCCACUACUACAGACUCUACAAGGACAAGAAAGAAGUGGAGGCAUCGCUCACAUUGGGACUGACUUUACGUGGCAUUCAAAUAUUCCAGAAUGUCGGCACUGUGAGGCAACUGUUGUACGACUUCCCCUGGACCAACGUGGGAAAACUGGUAUUUGUGGGGAAGAAGUUCGAGAUCCUUCCUGACGGCCUCCCCUCGGCCAGGAAACUCAUGUACUACACCGGUUGUCCAGCGCGCUCUCGCCACCUCCUGCAGCUGCUCAGCAACAGCCACCGGCUCUACAUGAACCUGCAACCUGUUCUCAAACAAGUCCGGCGACUGGAGGAGAACGAAGAUAAGAAGCAGUACAGGGAGUCGUACAUCAGCGACGCUCUCGAGCUGGACAUGGACCACCUGGACAAACGCUCCCGGGCCAGCGGCAGCAGCGCGGGGAGCAUAUCCCAUCACAAACGUCUGUCUCGCCACUCCACAACCAGCCACGGGAGCUCGCACACCUCCGGCAUCGGGACAGACAGCUUCAGGGCCCCGGGCCAGGCCCCACACAGGCCCCUGAGGACCUGCAGCUCGUCCACAACCAGCCACGGGAGCUCACACACCUCGGGCAUCGAGAGCAGCGGCAAGGAGCGCAUACUGGAUGACGACGAGAUCGAGAUGCUGGUGGACGACCCCAAAGAUUAUGAGGAGCUACAUGAGAUGGCUCUGGACCAGGAGCUGUGCAUCCACAUCACAGAGGACAUGUUGACGAUGUCUCCUGAUCAAACCAACGGAUACUCAGGACUGAUCGUGAAAGAUGUCAGCUCCUCCACCUCCAGUUCCUCCGAGACCGUCGUCAAGAUGCGAGGACAGAGCAUCGAGUCUCUGCCGCAGACAUCUGCAUGCAAGAAGCCCGACUCUUCGACCGACCGCCACAGCCAAUCCCUGGACGACGUGCGGCUCUACCAGAAGGACUGCCUGCAGUGGGCGGAGCUCUGCCAGGACACCGCCCACAGCUACACGUUCGGCUGCGCCCAGGAGCUGAGCGACAGCAGCGGCUACCAGGGUCUGGCCGACCAGCGCGCCGGCAUGCUCGCCGACCAGCACCCGUUCCCCAUCAAGAGAACCAACAAGUACUUCUCCCUGGACCUGACCAGUGAAGAGGUCCCAGAGUUUGUGGUGUGAGGGAGACGAGGCGACCUCAGGGCGGCCUUUUCGCUCCUCCGUGACACAUGUGGAGAUAUUUCAGCCCUCAGGAAACGAGACGAGAGAGGGGAGUGUCGGAGAGGUGGUUUCUAUUCUUGGCAAGGAACGGAAGAGAUGAGUAAACUGGCAACAAGUCGGCUGCAUCUCCAGUCACCACGUCACACGCGUUACACAGGAUAAAUGAACAAACAUGGAGGAUUAUGACUGAAACGGUCAUUUUGAGAACGAACACUCGGCUCAAGAGAACCUGUGUCUUCAAAAACCGGCUCCUCCUGUAUGAAAGGAAACGAAAAGGGAUCGAGUCUUAUGAAAAACAAUUUAAUUCAAACCUGUCUCCUCCAAACUGGUUUUGAAACGAUGUGUGCAUGCAGGUAGAGCCACGGCAGACACACACACACACACACACACACACACACACACACACACACACGAUGGGGAUAUCGAGGGUUUCUGUGGAGGACAGAAAAUCUCCCUGAGCUACGAACCAAAGACAUGAAAUGAUGCGUUUCUGCAUCCGCGUCAUUCUCACAGUGUGACGUAAACAUUUCAGAGGGAAGAUGGACCCAUAAUCCUUUUACUCUUCCUCUAUGCCACUUCAUUUUACCUCAGCAGGAAGUGCGGUGUGCCAACGCUCCCCCGUCUCCUCUCAGGCUGGAUCCUUAAUCAUGUGAAGACACACUCGACGUGCCUUCAUCACACUAUGCAGGUGUCAAAACCCUCGCCUUGACAAUCACCCCCUCCUUUACCCCCCUCGUCAUUUAUACACAUCCAAGCCAUCAGAUUUCAAAGCUCCACUUUAAAUCAACACGUCGUGCACACGCCUCGUCGGCAGAUCAGGCUCGUGUGUCAGCAUCUUAGGUCAAAACUGUUUUUUGCCCUGUGAACUCCGAUCGAGUUUCCCUGGAGGAAUGAGGUAGAGUUCGUUCCUGCGUGUCCGGACUCGAGUCGAGUUUGGGGCCUCAGAAGCUUCCCUGUAAUCCCGACUCAAGAUGGAGCCCGGGCUGGUCGCCAGCCAAGACAAACAGUUCUGAUGCAUGCGUUAUUCGUCUUCCUUUGAGUCCUCGUUACUUUUGUUUUCGUCUCAUCGUUUUAAACUGGAAUUUGUUACAUUGCUUCCUGUUGUUUAACCUGAAAUCUCUUUACAUGUUGUGGUUUUUGUAAAAAAAAAAAAUCGUCCAGACUGUCAUACAGUAUUACAUUCAAAUCUAUGCGACAGUAUUAAGAGGUUUGUGGCUCCGAACAAGAAAGACAGGUUUCAUUAAUAAGAGGUGAGCGGAGUGUAGCCUGCGGUAGCUGACAGCUCCUGUUAUUACGCGUUAAUUACAUCUCAAUCUUAUCAAUCUAACGUUUCAACGCUGGUGUGAGUGAGGACGGGAGGUUGUUUUUAUUUUUACUCGUAAUUUGUGCAGCUCAAGUUCAAAGUGCCGCAGUUAUAGCUUUAAAAUUACAGCCAUAAUGUUUUUAUUUUAAGUCCUCUGGGGUGAAAACACUAAAGAUUUAUUUAAAAUGCACCGUAACCUUUUACCACGACAACAACAAUAGGUUUGGUUUAAAAUGAACUUUUAAAACAUUGCGUUGCUUUAAAUUAUUUAAAAAACAACAAUUGGAAAAAGACCAGAUUCUGCUGAUAAAGGAACAUUUAUUAAAUUUCCUUGUGAAGAUUGAUACUAAACAAUAGGGCUGGGCGACAUGACAACAAAUAUAACAAAGGUUAAUCUCAUUCGAUGUUGAUCAUCAAGGUAAAUGUCACAUUAUUAUUUCUUUUAAGUUUGAAGACUUUUGCUCCUGAAUGAAAGUUGUGCUUUUCUUUCUAAGCAGAUAAUUUCAAACACUUGAUAAACAACAACACUGUGUUUACACAAAGCAUAAGAUAUAUUUCAAUAUAUAUUUGACUUUUGCUAUAUUGCCAUUGAUUUAAAAAACAUUAUUUGCAAUACUUAUGGAUAUUGUUUUAUUGUUUAACGCCUGGCCCUACUGUACAACCUUGUUAGCUUUGGACACGCUAGUUGUUUCCCUCUAUUUCCAGUCUUUAUGCUAAGCUAAGCUAAGCAGAUAUGUGCUUGUGGUACAGUAGCUUCAUAUUUACUGUAGAGACACAACAUCGGGUUCAAUCCUUUUCUCCAACUACCGGCAAGAAAGUGAAAAGUGUGUUUCAUGAAAUGUCUCAGCAAAUGUUCAGUGGUCACUCUGCCGCAUGUCGUUGUCAGAUGAAAUCCAGCGAACAACAAACAUCGGAGCUGAGAAAUGUUCAGUCGAGCCUCAGCUACUUAAACUCAUGUUGCCGAGCUGAACUGUGACGUGCACGUUCGUAGCUGCGUUUCCAAAGUCGUAUUUAAUUUUUCCCCGCGUCAGCAAAUAGAGCAUCCGAACAAGUUUAGUUUUGUUUAAAAAAGAGUUCUCUGUUUGACAUAACUCAUGAAUUUGAUACUGCUAUGUAAUUAAAAACAACUAUAUUUCUUACAGUUUGUUUCUUUCACUGUUUUGAACUUAUACGUAUUUCUACUCAUUAAUUGAAAAUGUCUUAAGUCAUAUUUUGAUGGACAAUGAUGUUUCUUAUAUUCAAACAGUGUGUGUGUCGAGGUACAUAGCCAUACAGUCAUAACCCAUCACCUUAAAGUCUUCAUGAAUUCUUCUGACUUCGAUAUAUGGUCCUAGAGGCCGUAUGUGUGCGUCCAUCAUCCUUUCUGUGAAAGGAUCACCUUGUAGUUUGAAAGAAAAAAAGAUUUGUUAUUAUGAAGUCUGGUCCGUGCCUUCCUGGUACUAACGCCCUCAAUAUCCAAUAAAAAGGUACAUUUAUCUACCAAA